UCUUCUUCCUCCCAACCCUACAUUUGACAUUUCCCACCUCUUCCAGCUGCGCCCCCGGUCCUCGCUGCAUCCUGAGCGGAUUCCAUUUCUUCCGAGCAGCAAAUUGCCUCCAAGUUCCUUCCGAGGCCUCCAUCUCGUUUCGGAUCCAUCUUGUUUAAUCGAUCCCGGAGCUAAAGAAGAGGAAAAUGUGCCCGCUGAGGGUGAUACUCAUCUUCCUCUCCGCCACCGUCGCCGGAUUCUUCCUCCUCCGGGGCCUCAACGCCGACCCCGACUGCUUCCAAGACGGCGACGACGGCUCGGAAUCUCCCAGGGCCGCCGUUCCCCUCCAUUCCAAGGUUGGUUCAGCUGUGAAAACCGGGUUCUGGACAUCGGUGGACAUGGCGAGCGGGCGGUACCUUUGGCGGACCCUUGUUGCGCCACCGGCCAAUUCUGAAUCUGACAAGGCCCGGUGACGACCAAAUCUAUGUAGGUCUGUUUGACAUUUGUGUAACGGGGCAGACAAGGGAUGGAAUUGACAUGAUGUGCGAUACGGCGGUGAUUGUAAAUAUGGGUUCUGUAUGUUGAAGUAAAUGUGCAAAUUGUUCAUGUUUGAGCCUUGUGUUAUAUGCCAGCACUGGAUUGUUUUGUU